AUGCAAGUAACAGCUUAUACAUCGACCUACACCGAUUCUCCGCCGCAAUUCCCAGUCUUUGGCAGAGCCGCUGGAGUCUGCCACAAUUGCAGAAGAUCCAAAGCCCGCUGUGACAAAUCUCUUCCUGCUUGUUCCCGAUGCGUGUCGAAACAGAUGCGAUGCGUCUAUGGGCGCCAAUUGUCCACCAACGCCUCCGCCGGCGGAGUUUGCACUGAUGGCGGAGAAGGCGUCAUACCGCCCACAAAUCAUCAGACGGCGUGUAUUUUUGAAGUAUCCCUUGAGACGUGCUACAAGAUAGUUGGUAUGAUAUCGGUCGCUCUGUUGAGUAGUAUUGAUGAUGCUGAGCAAGAUGCCUCGAUUCUUCGCAUGGCGCUUAAACCUACAGGCUUGACCGCUGCAUCCAUUGCUCAGGCAUACAAGAAAAGGGUCCAUGACUGGUUCCCAAUUCUUUCAGAAGACCAACUUAUCUCAUUUGCCACACCUUCUAUUUUAGGAACAUGUCAUGGCAGAGACGGCAUAUUGCUCCUCUGCAUGGCUCUGGUGUCACAGCAGCCGUGCGGGCACCCGGGUCAUGGCAUAUGCUGCAACUUAUACAAGGCAGCAAAGCAGUCCUUUCUCCUCUUGCAAACGUCUUCAAGAAAUUGUAUACAAACUCUCCAGAUUGGUCUUUUGCUGUCGCUGUUUGAAUACGGCCAUGGUCUCGAUCAAGAGUCCAAACUCUCGAUUGCAGCUUGUACAACCAUGUGCGAAUCGCACAAGUUCCUAUCAGAUGGAAGCGAAGAUGGAGAGGAGUUGAUUGUAGCAGCUGUAUGUCGGAGAGCAGUUGUAAUUAUGGAUUGUCUAACAGAACUUCCAAAAUAUCCGAUAGACAUUCAAAUAUCGACAGAUAUAAAAACAUCGACAAAUAAUGGAUUCAAUUUAUUGAAUGAGCCUGCCUGGCCGGAUGAACAUAUAUUAGGUGAGAGCGACCGCUCACUAUCAAAUUUCGAGAUACUGUUCCGAGUUGCGAGCAUUGUUCGGGAGGCUAUUCAGUAUCUCAAGAACGACGCGACGAUACAGUCUCCAGCCAGUUCAUAUACAACAAUUGAGUCACGACUUCGAAAUGUUUGCUUUGCUUUAAUUCAAGCUGCGGGUCCAAAUUCUGUUGUAUUUUGCGAUAGCAUUGCAUUAGCACUGAGGUAUGACUUUGCAAUAUCACUCCUAGGACAAGUCAAAUGGAAUUAA